UUUUAACUCAUUGAGAAGUAGGUCAUACUGUCGCCGUAGAUUAUGACAGUUGGCAAUGCGUAUCCCUAGUGCAUCACCCAGCAGUGCUGUGGUUAACUUCGAGACGCACUGUACCGAAUACUUUCACCCAAGCGUGCUUGCAUAUAUCAUACGCAACAGGGCGGCCCAGCUGGCGAGAUAUGGCCAUGGAGUGAGCGUCACAGCCAAAAUACGUGACGAACUGGAUAGAAUCACUGCCGCAGCGGUUAGUACCAGCUGCCAUCUAAGCCCUCAGACGGGAGCCACUCUGCUCCUAUCAUUUGCUAAAUUGGACUAUGUAAAACCUGAGCUUACUUGUCAACUUACUGAGCAUUUUGACUUUGCUGAAGCUUCACCGAAGGCUAUCGCUGUGGUACUUAAUGCCAUAUCCAGACAACCGCAUUCCUUGCAGCACGUCUAUCGUGAAUUUUGGGAUGAACUGCCAAGGGCAAUAUCUUGCUUUGGAAGCACAUCAAGUCUACAGGAUGUUGCAUCGUGCAGCUUGUCACUGUCGAAAAUAAUAUCUGCCUGCCGGAAUGCUGGAGUAUCAUCUAAGAUUGGUGGGCAUACUUACAGGAAUAUAUGCAAUCUUUUGAAAACUGUCUUGCUGUUAGCUCAAUCGCGGCUGCAGGAGUCGGGGCCACAAGAGUACAAGCCCAAAGAGCUGACCUCGAUACUGCAGGCAGCUUAUACAAUAAAGGGCCAACCCCGCGUAGUAGUCAUCCACUUGUUGAAUCAUCUAAAGAAUGCAAUACCAACGUCAAUAUACGGUGUUGACGACACCCUAUUUACGCUAGAUAUACUGCCACCACCGGACUUAGAUGGAGACACUAUAGAUGAACGCAGGAUCAAGCGUGAUAUCGCUCGAGCUGAGAAAUCGUUUGUUGAAUGGGCAUUUGAGUAUAUAGUUGACCACCUCAAGUGUCUAAGUGAUGCUGAGCUGGCUCGCAUUGCUGCGGCAUGCAAUCGCUUGCGGGCAUGGUCAAAAGAUGAAUUCGUUUGCGAAUUCGCAUUAUCUUGGGAGAAGAUAAUAGCGAAUGGCGACAACAUAACUCCACGUAACCUUAGCCAGGCGGCAUGUUACUUUCUCCGUCGAUAUGAAGCUUCGGUUCAGAAAGAACUGGAUGCUACUAAUUCAGAGGAACACCUGAAGGCAUCGCAGAUAUCGCACAUAUGUGCCAAAAUAGGCGACAUUUUACACGAUUACGCCAGUUCACGUUACACCAAACAGGAUCUACAUCGGGUAGAGGAACUGAUGCAGGUGGCAGACCACUGUAGAGCGAAACGCUUCCUUAAGGGCGCCGCAUGAUAGCCUCAAUGCAUUAAACGUAG